UGGUUUUAAUGGUUAGCUGAUGGGUUUGUAAUGGUAUUUGUAGUAGAACCCAUUAAAAUUUCUGUGACGGUUUCUAUUGUGCAGGGAAUUUCUCAUUUAAAUAAAGACGACUUAUUUAUCUGGAUAACGAAGGCGAGUGACGGGGAAGCCGCAGAUGACUGGCAAGUUGCGAUGAGGGGCGUGAACUUCACGCAAAAGCGAAGUUCACAUGCAACUCGUGCGCACGAGCUGGUCCGCGCGAGCUCUGAGGAUUCCACAUGAUCUGCUAGAAUAGACUAGAUAGGAUAGUGUAAUGUCGCACUUAUAACAUAGACUCCGUUUUCGACUCGGUUUCGGCUGGGGAAUGAUGAUCCAGAAGCGGGACGGGCAGUGGCUCCGGCGCGAGCGCAGAUAAAGCAGUUGUUCUGGCGGUUCACGCGCGCCCUGGGUACCGUAUGCACGCGCGGAUGGGCGCAAUGCUGGAGCGCAACGCGUCUCGGGAGCGGAUGGACUUCAGCUCCAACACCUCGGCUCACAUGGGCAGAGAGCCGGGAUUCGGCGGGCCGGUGCUGGUGCUGCUGGCCGCUGUCAUGCUGCUGCUCAUCGCCGUGAUCGUGCUGGGAAACGCGCUCGUUAUCCUCGCCUUCAAAACGGACCGGAGCCUGAGGAGGCAGAGCAACUACUUCCUACUGAACCUGGCCAUCUCAGACUUCCUAGUGGGGGCCUUUUGUAUUCCAGUGUAUUUGCCCUACAUCUUGACAGGCAAAUGGAUGCUGGGCCGAGGGCUAUGUAAGCUCUGGUUGGUGAUGGACUACCUCCUUUGCACCGCUUCCGUCUUCAACAUUGUCCUCAUCAGCUACGACCGUUUCCUCUCUGUCACCAGAGCGGUGUCAUACCGGGCGAGGCAAGGGAUGACCCGCAGUGCCCUAGCUAAGAUGGCUGCCGUGUGGGUCCUGUCUUUCCUCUUGUACGGCCCGGCCAUCUUGCUGUGGGAGGUGGUGACGGGAGAGAGCCAUGUCCCUGAAGACGAGUGCUUUGCUGAGUUCUUCCACACGUGGUACUUCCUGCUGUCUGCCUCCACACUCGAGUUCUUUUUCCCCUUCCUGUCCGUGGCUUUCUUCAACCUCAGCAUAUACCGCAGCAUACGUGAGAGGAGGCUUCGCUACCAGCAGGACUUGUGCUUCCCCAAGAACCGUGGCAUGACAUCUCCCAAGCACGAGAGGCUUCGCUUGGUCACCUACAUCUGCCGCGGCUCUCUCGUGACGAAGAAGAAGAAGCCGGAAACAGAAGGCGAUCGUUGUUCGCCGUCCGCAGGACGCAUCGACACCCGGAGUAUACGAAGCACUCAGUGUACACGCCUGAUUCAGGACAGGAAGAUCGCAAAGUCGUUAGCGGUGAUUGUGUGUGUGUUUGCUGUAUGCUGGGCACCGUACACGCUUCUGAUGAUCAUACGCGCUGCCUGCAGGGGGCACUGUGUAUCACACCACUGGUACGAAGUGACGUUCUGGCUGCUGUGGCUCAACUCUGCCAUCAAUCCGUUCCUGUAUCCUCUUUGCCACAGCAGCUUCCGCAGGGCUUUCGCAAAGAUCCUGUGCCCCAAACACCGAACCACUGAAGCACCAUCAGAUAACGCAUCUAACAACCAUAGAUAGUCCAUCUAUCACACUGCAAUAGCUUUGGACAGAUAACGCAUGCAUUCAUUCAUCUUUGGCAAUUUGUCACGGUCAUGGUGGACCCACUCAUUCACAACUAGUGGCAGUAAAUCCACCUACCUGCAUGUUUUUACUAGGAAAGGAAACCAGACAACCCAGACGAAACCCACACAGAGAACCCAAGCCCCUGAACCGUUAAAGCACCAACUCUACCUGCCCCUGGAUACAGAGAAGCCCUUUCCUUAAACACAAAAAUGGCCGUUGAUUUAGAACAGUACCUAGGUACAUCUCUUACAGAGAAUAAAAGCUAAACGUUUUACCGGAUUUAAAACCAUGGACGGAUCCUACUCUAAAAGUUUUUAAAAACUGACUGCCUAUUAAAACGUUUUAAAUCAGUGCUACAAGGUUUCACACUACAUUUCUUACAGGAUAUGAAGUAAUAAUCUGAACUCUCAAUGUAUUUAACUCAUGUACAUACUGUAUGUAUAAACAUUACAAAAUGGGAUAUAACCAAAUGCUUGUCCACUAGUACAGCCUUGCUUUUACCGAUGUAGUGUCUGAGGUUAAUCUGUAACACCAAUCGUAUUAUUGUGAUCUCACCAGGUCAUGUGAAGCCAAAUUCCCAGAACUCAGUUCUCCACUGUGGAUUGCUUUGGCUGUCAUAAAAAAGCGAGUCCUGAAGGACGUGUCUUACUGCAACUGCACUUUAUUCAUGUAUUUUAAUGGUCAGUGGUAAACCAUUGCCAACAUGACACUCGUUCUCUUUUCAACCUUUCUACCGUUCUACAAGGGCGAUUGGUCUUCUCCAAAAAAAUUUUUAAAAAAAGAGAGAAAUUAUUAUAUUAUUAGUAUUGUCACUGUUCCAAAGUAAUAAGUACGGUGGCCUGGAAGUACAAAACAUAUUAACAAACCAAAAAACGCAACAGCAAAUUUAGAAACUCAUCUGAAAACAUUAACUCAAAACAGAACGUGUAGGCUCUUAUUGAACGUCACAUGCUCUUUGCUGAUUGGCCAUGACUAUCACAAGGAAAAAAGAAUGACCCCUUUUUCAGUUUCUUCUUCAGAUUUAUUUAGGCUCAUAAUUCUUCUUACUGUAAACAUCCUCCAGCUCUCGGUUUUCUACCGGCCCGCAGAUUGACGUGUGCGGUAGCCAAUCAGAAACAAGCCUGUAGUAUUCAAUAAGGAUCUCUCCUUUCUGUUUACAGUUAUUCUUGUUGUGUUUCUGAAUUGAAUGCUGUUUUAGGUUGGUUGUCGUGUUGUCUGGUCGGUUGUUGUGCUUUUGUUUGAAGCCUUUUCGCAUUUGUUCUUUUGUUUUUGAUUUGCUUUUGUGUUGUUGUUGUCGUUGUUGUUUGGUUCUGUGAUUUACUGUUGUGUUUUUAGGUUUGUUGUUGUGUUUUGGGGUUCAUUGUCGCAUUUUAUGAUUUGUUGUUGUGUUUCAGAUUUGCUCUUUUGUUUUUAGUUUUGUUGUCACGUCUGCUGAUGUGCUGUCGUGUUUUGAGUUUUGUGGUUAUGUCUGCUGAUUCGGUGGUGUUGUUUGUUUUCUGGUUUGUUAAUGUUUUUAGCACUUAUGGGCCAGUGUAAAUAAGAGUUUCUAUGUAAAGUAGAAAGCAGGCCCAGUGUAAAACAAUGCAUACAUUACACACAUGUACCGUGUAUUCACUCUCUGUAAAGCGUUGUUGGAAGAAGAGUCCUAAAUGUGCUUCACCACGCUCUGUGUUUAUAACUCCACCUUGUGGCGUUGUGAUGUUCAUGUACUGUACUGACUCCACUCAUGCUGUACAUUAGCCUGGAUGUUCUUUUGCAAUGUAAACUCUGUCAUGCAGUAUUAUUGUGGAAUCCUUGUAUUGACUGAAUUAUCCGUGCUAUAAAGUCUUGUGCGGUACAUGUCACCAGACGUCGGUUCCACUUUUGAACUGUUUCAGCGCUGGGGAGAAACUCGGAAGACUAGGAUGAGUAUUAAAUGACUAUUGUAAUUGAAUUUGGAACCGACCAUUGUUCAGGGAGUUUGCCAGUUCAUAUUUAACCCUUACCAAGCCGAAUGUCGGUGUCAAUCCGUGUUGAAUUGGCACGAGAGGAGAAUGGCAGAGAAAAUCCGAGUGCAGGAGAAGAAGCCAUCACUAUAGCUAUUCAACUAUAUGUACUAAUACUGCUAAUUAGCCUGGCAGGCUGUUCAGUAGAGUAGUACGCAAUUCGUGACACAGACGCAUCAUCUCAAUUAACAGAAUUUGCAUAUUUGUAAUGAAAGUAGUGUGCUUACUAUGCUGAUAUAUUUUUCGAACCAACAAGAAAUAAAGGAAAGCUGGAGACUUUUUAUACUUUUGGCAGGUUCUCGCCUGCAUAAUACCUGUUUAUUCAGAUUAGUGUUAAGUUCGAUUUGAAAUAUCCGUACCCAACAAAAAUCUAUGUACAUAUUCAAGGACAUGGUGUAGACAGAGUGUAAGAAUAUAGUGAAUAUAGCUUGUUUAUUUUGCCAAUACAGACUACUGCCGCACGUCGGUAUGGAGAGCUACGGUAUUUCCUAUCACGCAUACUGUAUGUAUCAGCUGCUGUUUUUGCAGGGGUUGAGUCCAUAUAGGCAACAGGAUCCGAGUGUCGGUCGACCCUGGUUGGUGGUACUUUCUCUGGGCUUGUUCGUACUGUUUGUAGUCGGUUACUCUCCUUUACAGUCUGGAUCUUCAUCGGCUUGCCUCCUUAAUAGUCUUUUUAUUCAAACGAUAGGACAGUGCUGCUGGUUUCCUCGGAUCUGAUUGGUCAGAAUCUGUUGAUGGAUUUUCUGUAGUAGCAGCUCUGACCGGACUGCAUCUACAAACGGCAGGUUUGAAUUAAUGCGCUUAUUGUAAUGCGUUAUUGUUUCUAUAGUAACGGCUCGUUCACUUGUAAGGCGGACACUCCGCUUAAACGAAUUCUAAUAAUAAGUGCUGUUAUUUAACAUAGAAAAUUGUAUAAUCGUUGAUAGGGUGACGUUUCCUUUAAUGGCCCGUUUAACAUUUAUGGAAGGAGUCUCCAGUGUCAGUGCUUGGUAAGAGUCAGUAAGUUUUCAGGCACAGGGAAAUGUUCAGGACUGAGAAUAUUGUGUGUUGUGGUUUCUUCCUAAAGCCAGGGAACUAAGCCAGCUGCUGUAAUGUAAGUCAGAAGUACUCAGAUCGUUUUGUUUUUUUUACCGCAAUGGAUCCGUUCCUGAAUUAGAAAGGCACAGAUUUGUCGCAGAUAGUAGGGUUGGCGGUUCGAUUCCCGGCCCGCAUGACUCCACAUGCCGAAGUGUCCUCGGGCAAGACAAUGAAUAAAUGAAUGAGUUGCUCCCGAUGGCAAGUUAGCGCCUUGCAUGGCAGCUCUGCUACCACUGGUGUGUGAGUGUGUGUGUGAAUGGGUGAAUGAGAAACAGUGUACAGCGCUUUGGAUAAAAGCGCUAUAUAAGUGCGCCAUUUACCAUUUCUUACCGUGCUUCUGGGGGUUUCCUCCGGGUAUUCUGGUUUCCUCCCCCAGUCCAAAGACAUGCCUUGUAGGCUGAUUGGCAUCUCUAAAUUGUCUGUAGUGUGUAAAUUUAUGCGUGAUUGUGCCCUGCGAUGGAUUGGCACACAGUCCAGGGUGUCCCCCGCCUUGUGCCCUGAGUCCCCUGGGAUAGGCUCCAGGUUCCCUGCGACCCCGUGUAGUAUAGGCAGUACAGAAAAUGUAUGUACGGACGAAUGGGGUUUUACUCAAUCAGGCUUACAACUGUGAUAGCUAAAGUGUAAACCGAUCACUCAUUAAAAUGCAUUAAUGCUGAAAAGUCGACAGUGGGUUUUAAACUUCCAAAUUAAUUCAGUACAAGUUUGAAUAUUAUCUACAGCCUCAAAAUAACCACAAGUGUUUUCAUGGGUGAUUCAGUAGAAGCUAAAUUGCCCAUAUUUAUUUAAGGGCCUGGAGUAGCAAUCGAUUUCUUGCCAGGUCACGGCUUAAGAAGGAUCAGGGAGUGGCAAAUCAGCCUUAACUGCUUGAGGAUUCUGGAGAGUGAUGCAAAUUUGCUCAUACUUGUGCAAAGCAAGCUAUCAAGAUUGCCAGAGGGUAAGGGUACUUAUACUGGCACACUGAUUUCGGGACUUCUGAGAGGUACCUUAAGCACAAGUUACCAACGAGAGCUGAAGGUAACCGUGUGGACUUCAAGUGGAGGACUAGGUAUAUCUGUUUUGAACCAAGCUUUUGGUUAGACGAUGGAGCAAAAUGGAUGUUGAUGACGUUAGCACAACGAAUAAAAUGUUUUCACCUUGUUCUUCUGGGUAAUAAAUGUAAUAAACAGCCAGUGCUCGAGACAUACAGUAUGCAUCAUCAUUUCGACUCCUCAGUAAAUUAUUAAUGCUCUUGAAUGCAGCAGCUUUCAUUUGGAAAUGUUAAUGAUUAGACUGGCAAAUCACUCCACCAUGUCAAGCUUUAUUCCUUACUUAUAUUACUAUAAUGGUAAAAGACCUGCGGGGGGAUGUUCAUGGGACUACACGGCAUAAGCCUUCAUGACGUCUGACAUCCAUCCGUCCAUCUUCUUUAGCGCUUAUCCGUCAGGGUCACGGGGAACCUGGAGCCUAUCCUAAGGAGCAUGGGGCACAAGGCGGGGUAUAACCUGGACGGGGUGCCAAUCACAUACACAUUCACACACCCAUUCAUACACUUUGGACACGCCAAUCAGCCUAAUCAGACUGGCGGAGCUAACCUGAGUACCCUACCAUGGCUGCGGCUGGAAUCAAACCCUCAACGCUGGCGGUGUGAGGCGAACGUGCUAACCACUAAACCACUAUACACCCCGAUAUCCGCUGUCUGACAUAACAUACAGGUUUAUUACAGCAGGUUUUUUGACAUCAAGUUCUGGCCUGAAUUAAAUAAGGAUAUCAUGACAACUGAUGUUGUACCUCUGGAAGAGGCACAUGAUGAUAAUAAUGUAACAUAAUUUCAUGACAUAAAAGGAGUUCAUUAGAAUAAUGAGCAAAGCAGAAGAUGCUUCGUAGUGACUCCUGAACGUGGAUUGGUUAUGAAGUAUGUUUCCAUAAUGUUAUGUUCUGUAUAAUUUUUCUGCUUUUGAAUAUUUAUGGGAAAUCAAUGCCGCUGGAUUUCAUGACAGAUUUAUGUAUAUUUUAUCUGGCUCUUACGUUUAAUUUGACCGUUUAUGAUGGUUUAUUGUUGUUUUUGUUAUUGUUGUUGGUGUCGGUGGCGGUGGUGGUGUUUUUUUUUUCUUUCUUAGCUUAAUGUCAACGAAAUGACACUGUGAUGUACAGCUGCACUGACUACAGUGAAGUUUCCUGACGACAGUCAAGAAGAAGUCCUAACAAUUAACAUAUCUGUAUGCUAACACAAUCUAUUUCACGUCAUUCACUUCCUAUGACGACAUGAACAUUAGCGUGAACGCAGACUUUACGACACAUAAUGUUUUAGAAGGUUAUAAUAAAGCUUUUAAAUAUUUCUGUAGUUUUAUAGCAGUUUUAUAUCGAACAAAAGGCGAAGAUCACAUCACGUGAAAAUCUGGGAUUUUAUUUAUUUUUUAUUUUUUUUUCCAUUUAAAAUGGGAAAUAAACAGAACAGUUUAAAAA